UAGCGAGAUCCCGUAGAUUCAGGAAUCCAGGAAGUGCUGCUGCUGACAGUUAAACACAGAAUAUGGGCUGAUUUUGUGGAGUGCCUGCAUGAGGCACCGUCCUCAAGUAAAAGUCUUUUGGGAACGAAAGCCUAAAACUGAACAUUGGUGUUUUCCGGCUCUGUUUGGAUAAAUUGAUUUUAAGCUCACCAUGGAUCGGGAUGAGGAGGAAGAGGAGCUGACAGUCAAGGCAGCACCAAAGGAGGUGGAUGUGUUUACGUCUGUGUGCUGCUUGGGUUACUUGUCCAGCAUCAACCUCCUCGUUGCGGUAUGUGUCGGCAUGUACGUGCGCUGGGAGGUGACGAGCGAACCCAUGAUCCUGGUCAUCUUCAUCCUCGGCCUCUUCGUCUUGGGAAUCGCCAGCAUUCUCCAUUACUACUUUGCCAUGGAGAAGGCCAGCCUCAGCUUGUUCCACCUGUGGUUUGGUUUUCUGCUUGGACUCCUGUGCUUCCUCAACACCCCUGCCUUGGAUUCCAAUAUUACAGAACUUGUCGCCAACUAUCUCCUCGUAGCCAGCGUGGUGAUGAAGGCCGUCUGGGCUAUAACUGAACGCAUAUGUCACUCAGUCAGUUACAAACCUAUGUUGUUGACGUCAGCUGAGUGGCUGGAGCUGCUGGGAUUUGCAAUCGCUAGCACCACCAUGCCUCUUAACAAGUCGGCGGCCAUUGUCGGCUUGGCGGUGGCCUUGGGAGCUCUCAUUGUGGAUUUGAGGAUGAAAUCACUUCUAGCUUUCCCCAACCUGAUUUGCUUUGCGUUGGUUACUUCCCUUGUGUUCUUUAAGGCCUUAAGCAUCCAAGCUAACCCGUUUGCCUUAGGCUGCUUCCUAGGCAGGCAGCUCUGUGAGCCGGUGUUGGAUGUGUACUUCAGCGGGCUCGGGCCCACUGAGCGCUGGAUGCCAGUGCUCUCAUUAGGGAAGUUUUGGAGGAGGCUGUCCCUUUUUCCUCUAUCCCUCAUGGAGCUGCUCUUCUUUGUCUUUGCUGCCUUAAAGCUUGGCCACUUGGAGCUUUGGUAUCUGGUGAUCCCUGGCUUCUGCCUCUUCGGCCUUUUCUGGGCCAUCUGCCACAUAAUUUUGCUGAUCACAAUUUGGGGCUUCCACACUAAGCUGACCGACUGCCAGAAUGCCUGGCGGGCCCAUUCGUCAAGUAGACGUAGUCUGGAUCAGGUCAUGGCCUCCAGGGGCAUUCGACACUUCUGCCUUAUUUCAGAACGCCUCGUCUUCUUUAGUCUGCUGUCAACCGUCAUACUGGGAGCUGUGUCCUGGCAGCCCUACAACGGUCUCUUCCUCAGCGCUCUGCUGGUGGUGCUGCCUUUGGAGUCUCUCACACACAGCCUGUUCCACGAGCUGGGCAGCUGCCUGGGAGGAACCUGUGCUGGCUACGCGCUGGUAAUACCCACCAUUUACUACAGUGCCGGCAGCCAGCCCAUUCUCCUACCACCUGAGCUUGUGCAGGAGUUGAAUCAACGCUCCACGGCCAUGCUGAAUGACAUGCAGCGCCUCUUCUCGCGCCACAUGAUCCAGACGUUUGGCUGCGACUACUCCACCAGCGGCGUUACCUUGGAGACCGUGCAGAACAAGCUCCGCAGCUUUAUGGAGCUCCAAACGGCGGACGGCCCACGCCAUGACACAUAUUUGAUUUUCUAUAGCGGACACUCUCAGAAAGGCACCGGGGCCUGGACUCUGGCAGGAGGAGAGAGUCUGCAUCUGAACCAGCUGCUAGAGAUCUGGAAGGAGAAGAACGCCGGCCACGGCUCCCGUCUUAUCGUCGUGCUGGACACUGAGAACUCCCUCCCUUGGGUCAAAGAAGUGCGCAGAGUGGACGGCAUCUACAUGGCGGUGCAAGGGGCCGAGCUUCCGCUCUCCAGGCUCGACCCAGAAAGCGGAAACAUCCCCCUCCUCGGUGACUUCACUUCAGAAUGGGUGGAGUUCAACUGCAACCCAGCCAGUGACACCCAGUGGACUGAGAAGGGCAGGGCGGUGACGGCAGCGUACGGCGUGUCGAAACGCUGGAGCGACUACACGCUUCACCUUCCCACCGGGAGCGACGUAGCCAAGCACUGGAAGACCCAUUUCCCCAAAGCCACCUACCCACUGAUCCACCUCUCCAACUGGUGCUGCGGCUUAAACCUGUUCUGGUUGUGCAGCGUGUUUCUGCGCUGCUUCAGGAGGUGUAAACUGGCCUGGUUCCCUCCAGCUGUUCUGGACACCGGACAGGGCAUUAAACUGGUACAUUCAUAGGUAACAAAUAGAUAACAAAAGGAAAAAUGUUUUUUCAUUCCUUGUCAGAAAAAAACAGGGUAUGAAUAUUCUCUUGUUUUCAGUCAAAACCUAUAUACAACUGGAGAAUG